GAAAUAAAAGAUUGGGUAAUGGCGGGAAAAUAAACCUAACUACAAAACCCUAACCCUAAAUCCAUUCCAAUUCCAAGAAUUGAAGAAGAGAAUGGCGGCGGAGGCGGAGGAGCUGCCACGGGCCAUCGUGCGGCGCGUGGUGAAGGAUAAGCUGUCUCGUUGCUCCGAAGACGGAGACAUUUCCGUCAGCAAAGACGGUCUUCUCGCAUUCUCCGAAAGCGCCAGAAUCUUCAUCCACUACCUUUCUGCCACGGCUAAUGACAUAUGUAAGGAGUCAAAGAGGCAGAUUAUCAAUGCUGAGGAUGUUUUCAAAGCUCUUGAAGAUACUGAGUUUCCCGAGUUUAUUCGCCCUCUAAAAGCUUCUCUUGAAGAGUUUAGAAAGAAGAAUGCUGGAAAGAAAGCAGCAGGGUCAAAGGGAAAGGAAGAUGAGGCAAGAAAGAAAAGGAAGUUGGAAGGUGAGUCACCUGGUAAAGGUGAGGGUUCUAAUAAAGGUGAGGAUGCUGAUAAAGAUGAGUGUUCCGACAAAGGUGAGGGUGGUGAUGACCAAAUGGACGAAUGAUUCAAAGGGAUGACUGAAGUUGCACUAGUUGUGACUGAGCCAGGGCUUUAUAUUUUGUUAUGUUGAUAAUGUGCAUGAGUCCUUGUUAAUUGGAUGAUGUUCUUACUAGGUACUAACGUCGCAAAUAUAGCUUUUGAUUGUUUGUCAGUAAAGCAUAUUCCUAACCCGUGAUGUAAGGAGUAUAUUUGGAAAGAAAUGAUAUUCCAUCUUAAAUA